CAAGAGAAGGGGGAGCAGCUCGGAGAAGGAAAGGUGUUCCUUUCCUGUUUUGCCGAUGCCACGUGGGCUUCUGAGCAUGAGGAUUCAUCAUCAGUUGGUGGAUACAUCUGCAUGGUGGGAGGUGGGCCUGUAAGUUGGAGGUCCAAGAAGCAGUCUGAAACGGCACUAUCUUCAGUGGAAUCUGAGUACAUGGCAAUGUUUCAUGCGGCAAAAGAAAUCAUUUGGCUAAGGAGGCUCUUGAAGGAGAUCGGCCAUGAACAGACUUGUGCGACACCUCUGUUCAGUGACAGCAAGGGAGCCAUUGCCAUGGCACGCAAUGCAGUUCUUCAUGGGUUGAACAAGCACAUGAGGAUCAACUGGCAUUGGCUGCGGAAGGAGGUGAAGCUUGGGACACUGGAUCCGAUCUACGUGAAAACUCAGCAACAGCCAGCCGACUUCCUUACCAAGCGGCUAGCUGAAGAGCCACACUGGCGCUGUGUGAGGAUGGCGGGAAUGUCCUUGAACUAGAGACGGCGAAACAAGCCGACAGUCUGAGGGGG